CAUGCGGGAGAUGAUGCGGUUUCCAGUUACAGCGCAGGGAUCACAGCAGACGCGGCCGCCCCAGAAGCACUAUGGUAUCACUUCUCCUAUCAGCCUUGCAUUCCCCAAGGAGUCCGACAGCACCCUUACACAGAAACUUGUUGAAACUCUGAAGCCUUUUGGGGUCUUUGAAGAGGAAGAGGAGCUGCAGGGCAGGAUUUUAAUUUUGGGAAAAUUAAAUAACCUGGUAAAAGAGUGGAUACGAGAAAUCAGUGAAAGCAAGAAUCUUCCACAAGAUGUAAUUGAAAAUGUUGGCGGAAAGAUUUUUACAUUUGGAUCUUACAGGUUAGGAGUACACACAAAAGGUGCUGAUAUUGAUGCAUUGUGUGUUGCACCAAGACAUGUGGAUCGAAGUGACUUUUUCACCUCAUUUUAUUAUAAAUUGAAAUUACAGGAAGAAGUAAAAUAUUUAAGAGCUGUGGAAGAGGCCUUUGUGCCUGUCAUCAAACUGUGUUUUGAUGGGAUAGAGAUUGAUAUUUUGUUUGCAAGAUUAGCACUGCAGACUAUUCCAGAAGACUUGGACUUACAAGAUACCAGUCUGCUUAGAAAUUUAGAUAUAAGAUGCAUAAGAAGUCUUAAUGGUUGCAGGGUAACCGAUGAAAUUUUGCAUCUAGUACCAAACAUUGACAACUUCAGGUUAACUCUGAGAACUAUCAAACUGUGGGCCAAACGCCACAACAUCUAUUCCAAUAUGUUAGGUUUCCUCGGUGGUGUUUCCUGGGCUAUGCUAGUAGCAAGAAUUUGCCAGCUUUAUCCAAAUGCAAUAGCAUCAACUCUUGUACAUAAAUUUUUCUUUGUAUUUUCUAAAUGGGAAUGGCCAAAUCCAGUGCUAUUGAAACAGCCUGAAGAAUGCAAUCUUAAUUUGCCUGUGUGGGACCCAAGGGUAAAUCCCAGUGAUAGGUACCAUCUUAUGCCUAUAAUUACACCAGCCUACCCACAGCAGAACUCUACGUACAAUGUGUCUGUUUCAACACGCAUGGUCAUGGUUGAGGAAUUCAAGCAAGGUCUUGCUAUCACAGAUGAAAUUUUUAUGAGUAAGGCAGAGUGGUCCAAACUUUUUGAAGCUCCAAGCUUCUUUCAAAAGUACAAGCAUUAUAUUGUACUUCUAGCAAGUGCACCAACAGAAAAACAGCACCUCGAAUGGGUGGGCUUGGUGGAAUCAAAAAUCCGCAUCCUGGUUGGAAGCUUGGAGAAGAACGAAUUCAUCACACUGGCACAUGUGAACCCCCAGUCCUUCCCAGCACCCAAAGAAAACCCCGACAAGGAAGAAUUUGGUACAAUGUGGGUGAUCGGGUUAGUGUUUAAGAAAAUCGAAAACCUCAAUGUUGAUCUCACCUAUGAUAUUCAGUCUUUCACCGCUACAGUUUAUAGGCAAGCAAUAAACAGCAAGAUGUUUGAGGUGGAUAUGAAAAUCACUGCAAUGCAUGUAAAAAGAAGGCAACUCCAUCAGCUGCUCCCUAAUUAUGUGCUAAAGAAAAAGAAAAAUCAUUCAGCAGAAGGGGUCAGAUUGGCAACUUUGAAUGACAACAGCCUCAACUUGUCCCUGGACAGUGACAACAGCGUGUCUGUGCCUUCACCCACUAGUGCUAUGAAGACCAGUCCAUUGAACAGUUCUGGCAGCUCUCAGGGCAGAAACAGUCCCACUCCGGCUGUAACAGCUGCCUCUGUGACCAACAUCCCGGCUCCUGAGGUUUCUGUACCACAAGUCAAUUCCAGUGAGAGCUUAGGGGGCACAUCGAGUGAAAGCAUUCCUCAAACUGCCACACAGCCAGCCAUUUCUCCACCACCAAAGCCUACGGUCUCCAGAGUCGCUACUUCAACAUGUCUGGUAAACCAGCCACCUAGAACUUCAGGAAACACAACAAAAAUACCUAGUCCUGUAGUAGGAGUCAAGAGGACAUCCCCCCCACAUAAAGAAGAGAGUCCUAAGAAAGCAAAAACAGAAGAGGAACAACUUGAUACCGAGACAAGUACGACUCCAUCAGAGACUCUUCAGACGGUGGCUGCCCUGCUGGCCUUGCAGAAAACAUCCAGUACAGACCUUUCUGAUAUCCCUGCCCUCCCUGCGAAUCCUAUUCCUAUUAUCAAGAAUUCUAUAAAACUGAGAUUGAACCGGUAA